UUGAAAAAAAUGUACUAUAUUAUUAUAACUGUUGAGGAUGACAGUGAAGGCGAUGAUGACAUUGGUGUUGUGAUAAUAGAAGACUCUGAAACAGAACUUACAGAGAACACACAUCCCACGGAUGGCAUGUUGACUAUAGAACCAAAUUUUCAAGCCAGCAAUGAUAACUAUCAGCAACUAUCCCAAAUGAGAUAUGGAGUAGGUGGUUUACCAGCCCUACGUGACCAAGCAGUUCCACAAAUGAACCAUCUAGCAAAUUUAAAAAGAUACAGCUCGAACUCAGUGGAAAUGGAUCUUCUCCCCCCACAGCUCAAAAGAGGAUGUUCAUCUUUUUUAAGGGCAAGCAAUGCAUUUGAAGGUUUCCGUGAUGAAAAUCAUCAAAACCGACUUACAGAACUCCAACACCAUUGCAAGGACUUGCAUGAACUUAUUGAAAGCACCAAUAGGCAGGUAAACAACCUUUGUGGAAUCGUUUCAAAAAUGCAACAGCCUUGGGAGAAGCCACUGUUGCCAGACUGUGGAGACGACAGCCCACCUGGACCCGUGGGAAGGAAGGAGAACCAUGUCCUGCCCAACCCUGCGGAGAUCUGUCUUCAGCCGGCCGUGCUGCCUGAGCCGGUCGUCAGGGAGAGUCCGCCCUUUCCCAAAAUUGUCUCCACGUAUUCAUUGCAGCCCAGUGUCACACCAGGCAGCCCAGCUCCUGGACUUGCUGUCCUGUCCUAUGUUUUCAGUGAAGGAGACGAAGAGGUCACCAGGGAUCUCUCCGCUGCCCAGCAUCCGGCUCUGCCUGCAGCACUCCUGUCCCCGGGAGAACCCCUCGUGGCACUAUCCCCUGAGGUGGCCACCUGCUCAACUGGACAGGGACCUAUCCCCGUGGGCCCUGACCCGGCUUCGUUGGCUUUCUGCAUCCCCUCCAAUUUCGAAAUGCCAGGAGAAGCAGAAGCCAGCCUUGGAAACAGUACGGAGUCAGUAUAUUACCCAAGUUCCCGGGGAGAUGGCAGUGGCCAAGAUACUGUCUCAUCUGUUUUCAUCCUUCCUAAUUUUGUAAUAACAGAGACCAGCUUGGAAAACAACCCUGAGAUGACAAAUUACCAAACUCUAUCAGGAAAUAACAGUGACCAAUGUUCAUCUGUCUGCCUCCCACCCAACUUUGCGGUUGAAAAAUUCAUACUCAUAGAAGUGCCGGAAAAAUCAGAAACCAGCCAGGAAAACAGCUCUAAGACAAUCUAUUACCCAGCUUUACUGGGAAGUAUCAAUGGCCCAGGGACUGACUCUUCAUCUGCCUCACUCCCACCCAAUUUUGUUGAAAAAGUUGUACUUGUAGAAACGCCAGAAAAUGCGGAAACCAGCCUGGAAAACAGCUGUCAGACAGUGUAUUACCAAACUUCAUCGGGAAAUGACAGUGACCCAGCUCCUGCCUCUUCAUCUUUCUCCAUCCCGCCCGAUUUCGGAAUGUUUGUAAACGCUCAAACCAGCCCAGAAGAGAACCCUGAGACAAUAAGUUAUCCAGUUUUAUUGGAAGACCGCAGUAGUCAGGACAUUUCCUCGUUACGUUGCCUUCCUCCCGGUUUCGAAGUUUUGGUCAAAGCAGAAACCAGCCUGGAGAAUAGCACCCAGAUGACAGAUUAUCAAGCUUUGGUGGAAAAUGACAAUGGUCAAGAAACUUCAGCAUAUUACUUCAUUCCUUCCAAUGUGGGAUGUCUGGGUUGUUUCCAGUUUGGGGCUAUUAGGAGUAAAGCUGCCAUGUACUCGUGUACAGGCUUCUGUGUGAAUAUCAGUUUUCAUUUUUCUGAGAGAACGCCCAAGAGCACAGUUGCUGGGUCCUACGGUAAAGAAUCUGGCAAAGAAAUGAAUUCUGAGACAACGAAUUCCCCAAUUUUAAUGGAAAAUGACAACGAACAAGAUACUGGCUCAGAAUCUUUCUUUCUUGCUCCUGGUUUUGCGCUUUUACCUGUAGAAAUACUGUUAAAAGCAGAAAGCAGAGUGGGAAAUGUCCCUGAGAUAAUGAAUUACCCAGUUGUAUUGGAAAAGGACAAUAACCAAGAUUCUGUCUCGCCAUCUCUCUGCGGCCCUUCUGGUUUUGGGUAUCUUGGUGAUCCGAAAAGGAAUGUCAGGUUGCUUAAUACUAAUUUGCUGACUGCGCAAAAGAAGAGCCAUCCGAGGCAUGCAGCCCGCUACUUGGUUCAUGUUUUGUUCUCCAAGGAAAUUCUGGUACGCAGCUGGGUAGGCAUCAAUUCCCAAGGCCGCCAACCUCUAGAUCCAAACAAAGUGGCUGCAAUAAGAGAACAUCUGGCAACAAAUUUUCCCAACCAUGAUUUGCGUGAAUGUGGAAAAGACUGGAAAACCUGUGUUGCUGAUAUCAAUUCUCUGAUCUAUUGUUUAUGUGCUGAAUCCAUCACAGCACCACAGAGAACUGGUGAGAGCAAUAAAGGCCCCCCCAGUCUCGACAUCCCAGCGCCUGCAGAUUUGAACGAUAAAGGGGGGACUGAUGGCCAUGAAAGCAGUUCCCAGCUUUGUGAGCGAACCAUUGCCUUCGAAACAAGAGAAAAUGGGAAUUCUUGGUGGGACAACAGUGUUUAUCCUCAAGGAGUUCAAGAACUUCCCACUGAGAAUUCAGUGAUAUGUUAUGAAGCACUGGAAUAUCUUGGAAAUCCAGGUAGAAAUAUACAGUUGCCACAUUCAGUACUGACUAUAGCCAAAGGGAAGUCUCGCCCAGAGCUGGCAGCCAGAUACCUCAUUCGCAACCUGUUCACAGAAGAAGUCUUGAUAAAAAGUAACGUCUAUGGCAAUCUGGGGUACGGCAUGUAUGCCCUUAACCCCAACAGGAUUCAUGCUCUUCGAGAAUUUCUUCAAGACAUCUACCCGACUUGCAGUCUCUCGGAAACCGGAUACGACUGGAAGUUGUGCGUGACAGCUAUCAAUAGCUCCAUCCGUAGUCUUCGCUAUGACCUCAAGAAGUCUACAUCCAAACCGUAG